AUGUGUGACGAAGAAGUAGCCGCAUUGGUUGUAGACAAUGGAUCCGGUAUGUGCAAAGCCGGUUUUGCCGGAGAACACAUACCUCGUGCCGUAUUCCCGUCUAUUGUUGGACGUCCCCGUCAUCAGGGAGUCAUGGUCGGUAUGGGACAAACAGACAGCUAUGUAGGAGAUAAAGCCCAAUCCAAAAGAGAUAUCCUUACCUUGACAUACCCCAUUGAACACUGUAUUGUUACCAACUGGGACGAUAUGGAAAAAAUUUGGCAUCAUACAUUCUACAAUGAAUUGCGUGUAGCCCCAGAAGAACACCCAGUAUUACUAACAGAAGCUCCAUUGAACUGA